UGCUGUGCAGUUGGCCAACUUCUACUUGGUGCCCCUGCACUACAGGUUGGCCGUUGUCCAGUGUGUUGCUGUCAUCUGGAACUCGUACCUGUCCUGGAAGGCACACCAGCUCUAGGCCCACGUUGCUCCAUGGGCACCAUGAAACAGGCGGGGCGCGUGGCGCUGCUGGGAGCGUUACUGCUACUGUCCCUACUGCGCCCCGGGAGCAGCCAGUGGAAUUCGGCGGCAGCGGCGGCGGCCCGGGUCCAGGACCCAAACCUACCUUGGAGUCCCGGGGCGCGGAGUCGGGGCGGCGGGGCCCGCGCACUUCUCUUGCUGCUGGCCGAGCGCUUCCCGCGCCGCCGGGGACCCGAAACGGAGAGCGAGCGGCUGCGACGUGACGACCCUCCGCUAUCCAUCGACCUCACUUUCCACCUGCUGCGGACCCUGCUGGAACUGGCGCGGACGCAGAGCCAGAGGCAGCGCGCGGAGCAGAACCGCAUCAUAUUUGACUCGGUGGGCAAGUGAUCCAUCGGGUCGGGGGCUGGCAACACCCUGGCCUCUUCCCCCGCCACUGGUUGGAAGGAGCGCGCCCCGAACUGAAUUGCGUGGGACAGAGGGGCCCAUUCACCCUGGGCACUCUGCGUGGCUUUUUUCUUUCUCUCCUUUCUUUCUUC